CAUUGCUGAAGCAAGUGGCUUCUUCCUGCCCCAAGGCGUAUAUAUAAUCCCAAGUCUGCUCAUUUCUGAAAUUCUACCCCCGUCCGAUCGUUUACCCAAAACCCCAUACACUGACAGGCAGAAACCCAUACAUUCAUUUAAACAUCAACUCAGCACAUAAUGCAUCUCCAAAGAGUUACCUGUGCCUUUGUGGCCUGCUCGGGCUCCGUGAGCGCAAUCAUCACCCAGAACCCCAGCCUCGAUUCCCUCGCUGCAGUUCUGCCUGCUGUCACUUCCCCUACUAUCCCCACACUCGCUCCAUCACCUCUCAACUCAAUCGCAAGCAUGGACUCCUCCGUCGCCAAUGCCAAACCGGAAACUGUCACAACCAGCAUCGCGAAUAUUAUCUCUUCCAUAGUGAGCAUCGAGCUCCCAGCUACGACAGUCCCCUCCGUCGCCAGUGUCGCACAAUCUACUCCAGCCUUCACCACCUUCGUUACCGUUGCCCUCGCCACCGAGACAAAGAUUAUGACCUUGAUGCCUCUUCCCUCCGCCGAAGCGAAGAAGCAGGAAGCAGCUUACAGCAAGGCUCAGAACGUGCCAAAUGCUGUUGCCAGUCAAGUCAAAGAGGCUCUCACCGCUCAAGGCAAGGCUGUCCCAUCUGCUCUUGUCCCAGAUCAACCCAAGCAGACUGAGGUCAAGCACUCUGGACUCGAAAACAUUGUCGAGAUUCUGAAGAACACGGACUACAACCAAGUUGUCCACGCAGAUCCCUCCAAGGGCUUCUACAUGGAGUAUCUCAACGGCACCGACCCCGCUGUGGCCGAUGCGUACGCCAAGAAGAACAAUGCCAGAAUGCCGCACAAUAUCUACAACAUGGACACUAAGGGCAUGUGUGUUCUCGGUCAUGCAAUGAAUACCGCCACCCUCAAGGUCACCCCUUUUGCUUUUGAUACCAAGACGCCUAUGGUCUACAUUGCUCCCAACACCACUCUCCAGAUUGGAAACUUCCUGCCACCUGGUGCGAACAAGCACAAUGGCCGCUUCCAGCCCAAGUUCAACUGCGACAAGGACUGCAAGCACUGUGCUGGUGAUGGAAAGGGACCCAUUGAUACCUUGUUCGAGUAUCAUCAUGCCAAAAAGGCAGAUGAGAGUACCUUCACCAACUGGAACCCCAGCAAUGUCGACGGCCUCACUUCAAACUUCAACAUGACUUUGCACAACUCGGCAGGUGUCUGCAAAUCCCGCAGCUGCAACGUCGCUGCCCCUCAAAUGAAGAAGACCUGCCCCAAGGCCAGUCUCUGGAAUGACAAGGGAAUCUAUGGCUGCACGUCAGACUGUAAGGUUACCGGUCGUGAUGAUCACUGCUGCAUUGGUGCAUUUGGAACACCUGACUCUUGCCCUCCUUCUAGCCAGUUUCUUCACUCACUCUGCCCUGACGCAUACUCAUGGGCUUAUGAUGACAAGGAGCAUAGCGACACUUGCGAUGGUACGACUAAGGUUGACGUUGCUUUCUGGCCCAUCUCGUGAGAGAGUCGCUGUACAACUAGCACUCGUCCUCAGCUGUGAUGCCUUCAUGGAUUGGGACGGGUACUGAGUCCACGAUUUUUUCUGGGUGGGUGGUUGGGAGUCAGGUGAGGGUAUCACCUUUACCUGUACUCAAGAAGUACUUUUGCUUUGGCAUCUGGCGUUCGGGUUUCCGGAUGGUGGGGGCCUAGUUGGAGGUGCAUAUUUGUUUUAUUGUUUGGGUUGGGUC